AUGCCAAAAUCAAAGGGCAAAGCUAGGCGUGUCAACACAAAUUUCGUAAAUGACACUUUGAAUACGACCAAAUCUGGCCUCAUUGCGCGAAAGACAGCCUGGAGGCGGUUCCAAGAUGCCCAGUCAUCAAUCCUCAAAGCUGUUUCAUCACUGAUAGAUGAGAUCAGAAACGACGUUGACCUUACUGGGAAUGACGCCUGGAAUGUUGGUCUCGAUGAGACCGCAACUGACUAUUCCUCCCUAGACAUGACUUAUGAGGAUCUUGCAGACGUAGUAGCACUGCUCCAACCAAAGCAACGAAGCAGAGGAAUUUCGUGGCGCAAUCGAAUCAAUGCAUCACAGGCACACUGGGCAGCAUUAAUACCCAGUCUGUCCGACAUUUAUCUCAAGUUCAAGACCAGCAAUCCUCAAUGUACGCCGCUUCAUUCCCGUGAACCACCUGAAGGUUCAGAUUUCGUUUAUAUCUAUGCUGUCGACAUCUUUGACAGCCGCUCAUACGAAUACAUGCCUCGGGAUCCGGGUGAGGCCUCACCGACAUUUGCCCUUCUUUGUGCUGGCUACAUCCCAGCCACUCCCAUCAAUCCAACCGUAGCGAUUUCGAUAUGCUCACUCGAACUUCUCCACUGUCUGAUGCGCACGUCACCGAGCUUCAGUAUUCAGUCAUUUACCCGACUGUUGGCCGAUUUACAUUGUGUCGUAUAUCAGCCAUACCUUCGUACACAGGUCUCGCUUGCUUUUGAGGCAUAUUAUGCUAUCAUUACAAGAGUGAACGCCUUUGUAAAGCAUGUCAUGGCGCAUGAUACGCCAGAUUAUCGCCUCAAGAACUCAUGCCCUGCAUGCCAUUACAAGCUUCACGAUGAGCCCAAGCUGUCAGAAACUAUGUUCGAGGGGAUCGCGGGAAGCGGGGCGGAGUACGGCGGUACAGGACCAAGCGACCCACUCCCCGAAUCGUGCAUUGGAUGGAAGAACUCUCGGCCAAUGGCUCAAACAACAAAGGCUGGAUCCCUCGGCGUUAUGGAUGAAACGGGCAUAUUUUUAAUUAUUUGCCGCCAUGGCAUUGUCCAGUUUGUCAUGGAUAUGGUCAAAAGCGGGGAAUUAGCAAAGUACCCAGUGGCAGCAGCAAACAAACUAAUAAGUACGUUUGGCCAUAACAUCCUCUUUGCUUACGAUGUUGGAUGCACCUUCUCCGUCACGCUUGCCCGCUCUGCUAUUGGCGAUGUGGCACAUCAGGCCAAUUUCUUGUGCUGUACCGGCUCCUUUCACGGUGUUGCCCACAGUAGGCUGUGUCAGCUCGAUCACCUCAUAGGUCUCAAAGAAGGGGUGGGCAUUGAAGAUGGGGAAGGCAAUGAACGGGCAUUCUCCUCCAGUAAUGGCGUUGCAGCGGUAACCCGGCACGCGUCUGUGCAUUACCGUCACUUCCGGAUUCACCUUCAUUUUGAGAAGUGGGACCAGGAUAAGUACGAGCGCUUGGGCAACUUCCUAUUAGGGAACCAUACCUCUGCGUGGAUGCAGAUCCGCGAAUCCAUGGGUGUCUUAGAAGCAAUGAAACACAUGCACCCAUCAUUCGAUUUCGACCGGGACUGUCCACUAUUUCUGCGAGAAGAGAAGGAGUACAUUGCAUCGCUGAGGUCUGAGCCGAAGGCUGAGCAAGCCAAAAUCAAGUACCUUGAAGCACUGGAGCGAUUAGAGAAUGCUGAGUUGGAGCUUCGGCCUCUGUUAUCAAUGCUAUCUGCAUCACCAACCUCGGAACUCGCCUACCAGGCUUCGCGUGCUCAACGCAAAGUGGAGGAUGCACGCUGCAUUGUCUCUGCACUGGAGGCAACGUCGUCUCUCACCUUGCCCUGGCUUGCAAACUCUCCUCAGCGCCAGGAAGCCAUCCAGUUGCGUAAUGAGAGAAAGUAUCAUCGCCUUCUUGAUGAUCUGGAACACCGUGCUAUCUCUCGUCAGUUUGAGUUGGAGAAAAUGGGUCUUCCAAAGACCGACUACAAAACCCGUCAACGUAUAUCACAGUUGAUCGGAAAACGGAGCAGGACGCUUCAUUCCACCCUUGAGAAGUACAAUACCGCUGCCGCAGCAAUGAUACCUCCGAAGCCAUCCCUCACUUGGGAUGACAUAACCCAUCCCGACUUCCCAAGCACAGUUGAACUAUUACGGGGUCGUGAUGAUAUUCGGAGUUGUGAAUGGGCGCAGGAGCAUUUCCGUGCAGCAACCCGUGCCUGGGCAAGCCUCCAACGUGCAAAAGAAGAACUUGUUACCAUCGGAGUUGAAACCCGCAGGAUACUGACCUCUAUGAGGGAUGAGGAGCUACAGCUCAAGGUAACUAUCGAGGCUAUGGCUGCUAGCAACCCAACCCUUGCGUCAUAUAUCUCGAUGGCUUUCAAGUGGCGUGUGGAAGCAAAUGCCCACCUCCGCAAGAAAUUAUCGCGCCUCGAGUCCCAUCCAUAUUAUCGUUCCCCAUGUGGAACUGGUACUUCUGCUCGCUCUGAGUGGGUGCCUCCAAGCAACUCCGACGAUAAUCAACAACUCAGCGUUGAACCCAAUUUGCCUUCUGGGAAUGAGACAGCUGACGGGGGAAACGGUGGCAAUGUGGAUGAUGGGCUAUCUGAGGAAGAAGGCGAAGAGCAGUCACAAUAUGCCAUUGAUAAGCUUGUCGAUCUGUUAAACAGCACUGUAAUUACAUAG